CAUGAUAACUCACUCCUUUGGCCCUGGACUGGCAACGAAAUGGCUUUCCUAUGUGCAACGCUGGCUACAGUAAUGAAAUGGCGACCAAUGGUGAUAUAUCGAUGAUCUCGCCGCCAACGUCUUCCAUUUCAAACGAUCAAGAUCCGUUUGGACAGCUGCCACCACUACCACCGCCAUUGCGUUCCACCCAAGUGCUUCAGCCAUUGAGCGUAUUUCCAGGUGCCAAACGAACCAAAUUUCUCAAUUUCUCCAAUUCUCUGUUCCUUUCAUUUUUUUUUUAUCAGUUUGUUUGAUUGUGGUUAACUAAACAAUUUUUAUUUGAUUUUUUAUAUGGAUAUACAAUAUAUAUCUGUACAUAGCUUUUAUUCGUAUGCACAAAAAAAAAAAAAAAGAAAUCAUUUGAUUUUUCAAGUAUUUCCACUUGAAUUGAUGUAUAGAUUGGAUUUUUGAUUUGCUUGCCAACAUAAUUGCCGUUGUAUUUGAUGCUAUUUGUAUAUUAUUUUCAAUUUCGACUCCAUUCAAAUACUACCUGCAUAGAACAACACUCAACACUCCACACUCUACACUAGACUACACGUUUUGGCUUACACUCCAAUACACACACACACACUCACACUCCGAACAUGCCGCAACGCGUUACAGCUACACGUAUUUUUUUGAUACCUUUGUUUAGAAUUUUCCAGCUGCGCUCGCCGCACUCAUUCAGUCAAUCAAUCAAUCAAUCAAUCAAUCGGAUUCCCUUUCAAAACAUAACAAACAUACAACCAAUCUGUCAAACAGUCGUCCAUUAAUUAAAUGUCGCUCUCAAUGUCCUCUAUCUCUGCUUGCUCUUUGUAUUUGCAACUUUUUUGACUAAAACAAAAAUCAAAACAUUUUUUAUUUGUUAACUCCCCAUAUACAAACUUUUUUCAAGUAGCAUUAGCUCUGCUCUGUUUUGAUGCCGCUGUCGUGUGUGUGAUUUUUUUGAAAAUGUUUAUUAGAAAAACACGAUAAAAAAAUGUAAUUCGCAGCUGCUUUGUAAACAUUUUUUGAACGUUUGCCAGCCGUUGCUCAUUUCACUUCACUUACCUUUGUGAUGCCCCCAAAAAUCUGUCAAACCCAACAAAAACAAAGUAACAAAAUGCUAACAAAUUACAACAAUUUUGUGCUCUCUUCUAUUUUUUCCCCUCGGUCAACAAACAACAAAUCAAAUAAAAUGAUAUUCAUAAUGAUAUCAUAUCUUGACAAAUAAC